AUGACAGAGUACCAUUAUCCAACUUUUGAACAUUUAUAUCCUAGCGGGGUACAACGAUAUGAUGUACGAGCCCGACUGAUUCGCAAUUAUGAUAUUUUCAACUACAACCAUAAAGGAACACCUAAGAAAACAUGGAAAAUGCUUUUUGUCGAUGUUGAGGGUGAGGGCAUACAGUGCAAUAUUUUCGAGCCCGCAAUUGAAAAUUUUGUAGGACGGUUUCAAGAGGGAUUCAUUUAUAUACUCCUUGCUUUACAAGUGGUAUUUGCUGAAGGGAAAAACAAAAUUGUCCCCAAUUGGAAACAGAUGAUCAUUAAAGAAGAAACAAAUGUGAUACGUGAAGAGGAGGAUGACAUUUCCAUACCUUCAUUCCACUAUAAUUUAGUUCAUUUGAACAGAUUAAGUUGUCACAUCGACUGUACCAGUAGAGUUUAUGAUGCAAUGGGAUUGGUCCUAUACGUUUCACCAAUUGAGAAUAUUGGUGUAAAUUCAUUCAAGCGAGACGUGGCAAUAAUGGAUACAACCUGGACUGUUAUUAAAUUAACACUUUGGAAUGAUUUUGCGCACGUUCUUGAUGAAAAUCUUAAUCAUGUGGACAUUUGUCCAAUCAUUGUAGCAUGUGGUCUGCAUGUCAAGAACUUCCAUGGUACAUAUAUUUCCACGGGAUACCACACUAGGAUUUAUGUUAACCCAGUUAAUGAAAAAACAACAUCCUUAUCUACAUGGUAUAAAUCGGAAAAACUGGCAAAGAUAAGGAGAGAUUGGUUUCGUUCGUCGACUUUUUCGCUAAAGUCAUCGAUUGAUAUUUCUAAUACUCCCCGUAUCCGAUUAUCUCAAUUUCCUACUGUGAGAAAUGUACAAUACUGUCGAGUUGCCGCAUAUGCAUGUCGUGUUGAUGAUGUUGAUAACGUCAUUUAUGAAGCAUGCAAUCGUUGCCUAAAAAAGGUUGUCAUUUUUCAAGGAUUACAAAAAUGUCAAUCUAUCAAUAUCAACAACACUGUAACUAUCCCAAGGUUGCUGCUUCGACUUACCAUAUUUGAUAAAAGUGGUAAUUUGAAAGUCACAAUAUUACACGAUCUUGCACAACACCUUUUAGGUUGUUUAGCUACUGAAGUAAAAUCAGUACUUCAACAGCCUAACGGACGUAAUCGAGUGAUGGAAAAAGUAUUUGCAUGUUUCGGAAACAGAGCUUUUUCAUGGGUGCUACAUCCACCAACUGGAGCUUUUAAUCCUGAACAUUCGUAUACGGUUGGUUAUGUGUUACAUAUCGAUUGGGCGGAGGAGUGCAUGUGGUUAAACAAAUAUAUUGCGAGCAAAAGAAGAAAGUGA